AUAAUUAUUAAUUGUUUUAAAAUAAUUUAUCCCACUAACUCAAAAUCUUGAAUAUGCCAUUGACUAAGGUUAUGCUUUCCAUUGGAGGUGGCUCCAACACCUACUCUUUGUCAUCCCCAGAUGAUGCUAGACAUGUUGCAGACUACAUUUGGGACAACUUCUUGGGAGGGAACUCAAACUCUAGGCCUUUUGGGAAUGCCAUAUUGAAUGGGGUGGAUUUUGACAUUGAAGGUGGGGAACUCCACUAUGCAGCACUUGCUUAUAGGCUGCAUGACCAUUAUGCUGCUUCUAGAAAAAAGUUUUACUUAUCUGCUGCACCACAGUGUCCAUUCCAAGAUAACUUACUCCAUGGGGCACUUACUACUGACAUUUUUGACUAUGUUUGGAUCAAGUUCUACAACAAUCCUCAAUGUGAGUUUACCUCAAAGGACCAUAGUGGGUUCAAGAGUGCAUGGAACCAGUGGACCACUUCAAUUAAUGCUGGCAAGUUCUUUGUUGGACUUCCUGCCUCACAUGAUGCAGCUAAGGAUGGUUUUGUGCCACCUCGUGCUCUCAUAAAUCAAUUGUUGCCUAUAGUUAGGUCACCUAAAUACGGAGGUGUAAUGCUAUGGGAUAGUUACCAUGAUUUGCAAUUUGGAUAUAGUGGCAAAAUUAGAGGAAGAGUUUAAAAGUUCUGAGGAUCAGUCUCUAAGAUAGCUAAAUUUUUCAAAUAGUUGUUGUUAACUAGA